AUGGCGGAAAAUUUUGAACAAAUUUCUUCCUUUAAAGUUCUCGACUCAAUUCAAGUCGAAAAGUACCGUUCCAAGAGAACAGGCAUUAACUUUUGCUUUGCUAAAGUUCCUGGGCCUUUGGUUAAUGGUUUCCUUUGUCUCGGUAAGUUGAGAGCAGCAAUCGUUAUUUUGUUACUAAGCCGCGAGUUCCUACCUAUUUUGGGUUUCAUCCGCUCAACAAACUUUAUCAAAAAUUUUUCCUUUGAGAAAAAGAAAAGAAACAAUUCUGGAAAUAAAAUCCCAAGCUCUUAAUUGUCUCAAGUAGCGCGUAAUAUUUCAAGGACAUCAAUUAUUUAAAAUGACUCGUAGACUUUAUGAGUCAAUUUAAAUAAUUGAUGUCCUAAAAAUGUCCCACGCUCAGUAAAACUUAAAAGUUUGUACAGCGCUACACGUGAAGAUGUAGAAUGCACGAGACAGUAGGGUUAGCGUCAGCUAAGAAGUUUUAAAAUAUCCAAGGCCUGAAGGUUUCUAUUUUCUUUGGGUGUUAAUAAGACAGUUUUUUCCUUAUAAUGUUUUUUAAUAUUAGUAAUUCUGAUUUAAAUGUUUAAUUUCUAGGAAUAUGUAAAUAUUUUCUUAGUUAGGAAUUUGAAGGUGAGAUAGUUUUUCAUCAGUUCAGCAAGAAUUUUUUCUGUAUUGCAGCAACUGAGGCUCAUGAUGAUGAUGGUUUGCCACACACCUUGGAACACUUGGUAUUUAUGGGAAGUGAAAAAUAUCCUUUUAAGGUGAGAUGAUGCAAAGCCUGGAUCUUGCAUUCUCUGUGUUCUUUGUAUACUGUAGUAAAAUAGACAAUGCAGAUUAAAAUUAAUUUCGGUUUGAAGCAAUUUCAAACAAGUAUAUAUCGAGUUUGCCUUUGUUUUUCAUUGUUUCAUGUGCCAUUUUGGCUGUUUGUGGUUUAAUUCAGUCUUUUCCAAUACUUGUGCAGAUUUAACAACCACUGUUUUGGUACACCUGUACCCAUUAAACUGAAGUAUGACUUUCACAGAAGAAAGAGGAGAUAAAACUGAAACUAUUUGGCCCUUUAGAAGUGUAAAACAAGAAAGGAAGAAUUAAGCGUAUUUCUUUAGCAUUAGCCACAACACUGGCAAUGAAAAAUGACACCACAAAAUCUCAACUGUUCAAACUUGAUUGGGUUUAUGCAGUUGAGACUCAAAGUAUAUUUCUGAAAAAUCAUUACGUACAUGUAUAUCUCAUCAUGGUAUGGAACAAAUGCAAGUGAUGGCAAGUCCAAGAUCGGGAAACUCCAUGCAAUGUUUUUCUGGAGUACUCUCAGAGAGAAUGAGUAACAAGAUUCAGGAAAUUGCAAUUCUCUUAUAUUUAUAUACAAACUCUAGUAGUUUGUAGUCUACGCUCUUUACACUGGUUCAUAUUUUAUACUGAGUUUGUGGAAUGGAGUUGUUGUUUCAUACCCUGUCUAUAGUCCUUGUUGCAUGGUCUGCAGACCAUGUUUUAUCCUGACUGUAAUAAUGUACAUGAAAAAAUUACAUGCUUCUGAUUGGCUGAAAACAAGUGCAUUCUCAUGUAACAUGUGUGCAAAGUUGUAACACAAGUGCAAAUUAAAAAUAGCAUGGAUGCUUUCAAAAUUUUGUCUGUCUUGCCUUCUGCAAUGUAUUCUAUGACUGUACAAUAUUAACAAUUAAUAACAUGAUUUCUCUUGCAAUUUGGUGUAAUGAGCACUUGUAAAUCUUUCAAAGACUAAAAUUGACUUGUGCUUAUUAACACUAAAUUACACUUGAAAUCUUGUUAUUGCCUAAUACUAAAUGCAUGCUCAACUUAUCUAUUUACUCUAUGCACAGUAUACUGUACAUGUAAUGUGCAACCUUAUUCUAAUAAAACAAUUUACAUAACUUGCAGGGUAUGUUAGAUUUAUUUGCCAACAGAUGCUUGGCACAAGGAACCAAUGCGUGGACAUCCACUGACCAUACAGCUUACACCAUGGAAACAGCAGGCAGUGAAGGCUUUCUGAACCUUCUUCCAAUCUACUUGGAUCAUGUGCUUUAUCCAACUCUAACUGUAAGGGACUUUUUAGCAAUUUUGAGUUACAGCUAUUGCAGUUUGUGACAGAUUUGUGAAUUGCCAGUACCCAUUUAUAUACUGGGUGGAGAGGGGCACCAUGAGAGUUAAUUGUUUUGCUCAAGAACACAACACAUUGACUCAGUCAGGUCUCAAACCAGGACUUCGGACCCAGAGUCUAGCACACCAUCCAAUAGGGCCACUGUGUCUCAUACACCCAGAUACAUAUAAACUGAAGAUUUCUAGCCAGCAGAAGCAAAUUUUUAAUAAGAAAAACUGUACUGUCUGUUAAGCAGAAACAUUACUAUCUGCCUCUUUACUAAAGGAGCCAAAGGAAUUAGGCGAAUGUUUGAAUUUUAAGGGAGCAAUGAGCUACAUGUGGCUUCUUGUGAGGAGUUCUUGGUAUGACACAAGAGACCACUUUUUACUCAAUCUUAAAUUAACUAGCACAUCUUGCUAUAAUCUAGGAAUCAGCAUAUAUUACAGAGGUUCACCAUGUGAAUGGUGAAGGUGAAGAUGCAGGUGUUGUUUACUGUGAGAUGCAGGGAAGAGAAAACAUGGAGAUAUCAAGAACUUACUUGAAUUUUACGCGUGAGAUCUACCCUGGAGUCUGUGGUUAUAAGGUGAAAGAUAUAUCCUAUCAUAUGCUUCUUGAAAUUUGAGCUUCAAAAUUUACUCAGUUCUCAAAAGGUUUGAAAAUAAAGAAAUCGAGCCUUGAGGUGAGACAGUCUUCUUACUUUUUAGCAGUUCUGUAAAUUAAGAUCGAACCACACUGGUAUGAGGUUAUGCUUUAAAGCAGAUUUGUACCCAGAAGAAAAGACUGCUUGAAAAUUCUGGUAUUAUUUGCAAACUUACUCACUAAUGAAACAAAUUUACAAUGUACAUCACUGUAUGUUAACAAGCCAAAUCACUUAAUGUAGUGUUAAAUGUAGCAUAAGGCUUUGCUGAAACUCUCUUUGUGAUGAUGGUGCAUAAAUAAGAUUUUAGUUGUUGAGAAAAAUAUGAUCUGUACUGCUCAAAUAGAUGAAAUCACCAAAACUGAGAAGGGAAAGGAUUGUGCAAUGGUUGAAUAUACUUCACUUACAAGGCUGCUCCUCUUUUUUUAAGGCAUAUAGGUGAAGUUGUGUGGGCAAAAUUAAUUUGUGAAAAAAUUAACUUUUGUUUAUUUGUUGAUUAGAUUGGGACAUCAACAUUCAUAUGCUGUUUUUGUUUCAUUUUAUGACAGUCAGAGACAGGAGGAAUCAUGGAAAAUUUACGGACAAGUUGUAGUCACACUAAGGUUAGCAACAAUAAUUUUUAUUACAGUCAAUGGUUUGAAUGUAGGAAUUACAUUUUAUUGUGUAGUCUGAUAAUCUGGAUUAGAAUAGUCCUGAGAAGGACUAUUAGUUAGUUUGUUAGUGACUGCCAGACAGUUUGAAAUAACCUCAGAAGAGGUCAUCUUCAGAGGCAAGUGGAAGGCCCAUGCAAGGCAAUGUGAUUUCCAGACAAAUUGCAGCUGAUUAUGUUUUUUUUUUCUCUGCUUUUGCAGGAGUUCUUUAUGAAAGUGCUACUAAAAAUAAGAUGAUUGCAUGCUUAACAUGCUUAGCAUCUCUGAUUAGAUCCUUUUUAUUUUUCAAUAUAUGCUGAAAUGCAUCUUUGUCUAUACCAAAUUUACUCUUUUACUGCAUUGCAGGUCUGUAACUACCAUCAACAGUAUUACCGUCCAGAAAAUUUGUGUGUUAUCAUCACUGGACAGAUUGAUCCAAAUAAAGUCUUUGAGGCUGUCAAUCCCUUUGAAGAAAAAAUUAUUGGCAAGGUAAGUAACCUGUUUGUCCAAGUUUAUUCAAUCAGUCAAUUUUGUGCAAAAUAAAAUUGUUAUUUUAGACUCCUCCAUGUCCUUGUUGAAAGUUCCAGUCCCAAAAUUAUUGCAUGCAUGUGCUUCUUCUCUUAUUUCUGCAAAUUUGAUAUGCUCUUUCUGUCAAACUAAAGAUCAUUGUCAGUGUAUCAUUUUGGCCAAGCCCUGCUGUUUCUAGACAUGUUAUCUUACUUAUUUGUCUUAUACCCCACUCACACCAAAGCUUAAACAUGUUUUCAAGUUGUUGGUUAAACACGGUUGAAUAUUGUUUUCUUCAUAGCAACUGCUUACAACGAUGUUUGUCGACUUCAAAUAUAGCACAUUUGAAAUUAAAAGUUAGUGACUACUUGAAACUUGCUGGUAUGAAUGGAAUAUUAGAUUGUUCCAGGCGCGAUAGUAAACGGUGCAAGUGAAAAAAAAAAGAGAAAGGGUUGGGGCGGGUCGAGUAAUGGACACGACCCGACCAGGUGGUCCCAAAAGGCGUAGGGAAGUUUUGUUCAAGAAUUCUACAACUGUUCUCAACACAACCUAACUCAAGCCGUUUUUAUUUCCUCCGUUUUUUUUGCUUUGCGGUUGCUAUCGUAAGGUUUACUACUUCGCGUGGAUUUCGCUCCGUUUUAACUGCUGGACACCUAAAACAGACCAUCGUUGGCUUUUCCAACUUGUCUCUUUCCCAAGUCUUGAUAAAUUUCUCAUUUAGCUUCAUGACAUACCAUCAGUUCCAGAGUUGUGUAACUCAGUUAAGAACUUGUAAUUAUUGGCUCUCUUCGUUGUAAGAUACCACAAAAAUCUGCCAUAAGGAGACUUAAAGCAACUAAACCACACAUAAGGUGCUGAAACCUAACAUGUAUAAUAUUCUGAGAGUGAAACAAAGAAGUUUCUUGUAGCGGAGAUACCAUAAUCGUCACAGCUGAACGACGUAUCCACAGUGUAAGGUUCUGACCUUACCGACGAAACUAACAGUAAAAAAAUUACUAAACCUUUAACUCCCAAGAUCUCAUUCGUAAUUCUCCUUACUGUCUACCAUACAGUUCUUGUCAUGUUAGUUUGGAGAAUUUGGUAUUGGAUCAACCAAUAAUCCCCUAAUGGAUAUUUUUCUUUUUUUCUCAUCACUUGUUUGCUUUAUAUUGUAUCGAUAUUGUAAGGAGAAAUUCUGUCUUGGUCACUCAUGGGAGUUAAAGGGCAAAGCCGGGUAUUUGAUUCUCUAAAAUAACUGAGAUACUAUGAUCGCCCUAAUUGGUCAAAAAUCGAUCGAUUAUUUCUUUGGUAAACCCAUAGAGAAAUGAAGUUUAUGUCAUAAAAGCACUAGAAUGCACUUCACUCACUCGAAAAGUUUGUAAAUAGUUCGCCUCUGGCUCGUGAUUAACAAACUUUGCUCGUGUUCUCCCGGCAUUCCGCGUGGGUUAUUACGCCGGUAUAGAACAGACAGAAAGUGCAGUCAAUUGCUUAAACAGCUUUUAGAUACAUUAAAUUUGUCAAUGUAUUUUGGUUCAUCAUAUAGAAACCGCUAGCUCCAUAUGUAAGACCAUGGCAGACGCCAGUUCCACCGCUGGGUGAAUCUGUUGACAAAAUCAUCCCCUUCCCAACUGAGGAUGAAGAAUCCGGUUCUAUAAUGUUGGGUUUUCGAGGACCAUCUUGUGAAGAUCAUUACGGCCAGGCUGCAUUAUCUGUCAUUCUUGACUAUCUUUCAGACACCUCUAUAGCUCCACUGCAGCGGGAACUGGUUGAAAUUCCCGAUCCGUUUUGUAGUGAUAUUGACUGUGAUGUACUGGAGUUCUUAGAGAGUGCUUUUAUUAUCAGAGCUGAAAAUGUUUCAUUUGACAAGCUCUCUGCCGCCAAAGAAAAGGUAAAAGAGGUUCUUGGAAAUCUCGCAGAAGGUAGAGAAGUCAUCGACAUGGAUCGUCUUAAUGUAGUUAUCCAUCGAAAAAUUCUAGACACCAAGAACAGGUUUGAAAACCGCCCUCAUGACACGUUUGCGGAUGUCCUAGUUAGAGAUUUCCUUUACUCCAGCAAGUCAGAAGAUCUUAAAGAAAGGAUAGAAAUAAUUCAACGUUUGGAAAAGCUUCGGCAAGAAUCGGUGACCUUCUGGGUGGAUUUUUUAAAGAAAUACUUCAUUUCAUCACGAAGCGUUUCGGUAAGUACAACCUUGAGAAAUACCAUUGAAUUUAAGAGGUUAAGAGGGUGUUUUAAUCCCCUAUACCCUAGCAUCUGUACCUCUGUAUUCUCCUGAAAAGGAGAAUUUGUUUAGCAAUCAAAAGCUUCUUUAGUUGCUGAUCAUUUCUUAUAUUCUCGUGACCUUGGUGUGUGAUUCAGGAGUGAUAUUGUAAGGAGAAAUUAGAUGCUAGCCACUCUUAGGGUUACAAGGCUAAGAAUUCAUUUCCUGCGACCACGGGUGUGAUGGAACAAAGGAAAUAUUGUAAAUCCUCGGUUACAUUCUUACGACAGCGGCCAGGGAUAUUUUGAAGAUUGACCACAUAACUUUUUUAGAUUACAGGAAAACCAAGUGCGCAGCUAAUGAAAGAAAUGUCAGAAGGAGAAAAGAAACGAGUGGCUGAACAGCGGGAAUCUCUUGGUGAGGAAGGAUUGAAAAGGAAACGGCAGAGACUGGAAAAGGCGACAGACGAGAACGAGGUAAACAUUGAUAAACUCAUCACCAAAGGAUUUAUGUGGGUAAAGUACCUGGAAAGUCUAUGGGUGAAGCGAGAAAAUGCGUAAGGUUACCAUGACAACAAUGUGAACCGUCGAAAAAUACUUGCCAAUACUCACCGGCCGAGCUUGUACGAAUCUACUUUCUGUAGCGUCAUGGUUGUUAUGCUGAAACAGCCGCAUCCUAACUGAUUGAUUGAUGUCAGAGUGUAACAAAGUACUUGCAAGUAGUUGCAUACAGAGUUCUCAAUAAGAGAGGGUAGAUGGCCAAAACCGCCAUAUUUUGUCGGCUACUUUGACCUCCUUUUGCCAUAAUUCUGAUGAGAAAUCGUUCAAUUAUCGAAGUGCCAUCGAAGCAAUCUGCAUAGUAGCCAUAUCCCAGUUUGUGUGAGUCGAUUCGUCUUUCACAAUGUUCUCGAAGGUUCGAGCAAACUUCAUAGAAUGCUCGGGACUAAAUAGUUGCUGAUCUUUUUUUUAAACUGACGAAACAACGUCCACGGUAACUUGGCCGCACAUUAUUUCUGAUAUGACUUUUAAACUUAUUAACAACCUUGUGCACUUACCUAUCGGUCGCUGUUCGCGUCUUACAAAAAAACGGUUGUACCUUAGUGCUCCAUUCCCCACUUCUAGGUAGCUCCCCCUCCGGAUAUAGUGAACAGUCUCCCUGUGCCUUCCACAUCCAGUAUCAGUUUCCAUCCAAUCAAGAUGUUCAGUAACAGGCGGCAAGAUGGCUGCGAUGAUUCUGAGAAUGAAGCAAAGAAGUUUCCUGUAUCGGAGAUACCAUAUUCGUUCCAGCUGGACCACGUAUCCACAUUGUUUGCAAAGGUAGGAUCACAAUUUUAGCUCCAUGUUAACACUUUUGAUAUGCAUACACAAAAAAAGACUCGAGGGCAAAACCUUAACUGAAGUUGUUCAUAAAAUUUCCAAACUUAUGCUUUCAGUCCUGUGAAAGGUACGACACAGGCUUAUUAUUAUGCGAACAUGUGUAGGAAAGAAGCUAUUUCCAGCAGUAGGGACAUUUAGUGACCGACCGGUCAACUAAAGAAUUGAACGAACGAACGUGCGAAUGAGCCGUCGAGCGAACGAACUAAUGAGCGUACGUGUGAACGAGCCAACGAACGAGACAACGGACGAGACAACAAACGAGCUGACGAACGAGACAACGGACGAAUCCCUUUUUUCCAAAAAUAUGUUCAAUAUGCCUCCUCUGUGUUUCUUUACAGCUUACCGUUUUACUUGAUACAGCGGUCGUACCAGAGGAACUCAAACCUUACCUGAGCUUGUACCUAGAAGUGAUAUUCGAGUCCCCUUUGUUGAGAGACGGAGGUAUGAUGUGUUCCCUGAAUCCCAGCACAAACAUAUCUUUUAGUCUGCGCUUUUUUGAAAAUGCAAACUAUCUGUAGUUUUCCUCUUUCAAGUAACCUUGCAAUCAGUAAAGAAUAUUCUUCACACCAUUGUUGUGAUAGAAUUAACAUCAGGUACAGAUGCAUGUACAUGCCUCGUUCGGUCUGUGUCUAAGAACUCAAACACAAAAGAAGAACGCGAGCACAGUUUUACUUUGAUCGAUCAAGGUCAGCAUAUAACAUAUCUCUCACGGGCUUCACGUGUCUUUUUUUUUUUUUUUUUUUUUUUCUGUGAAGUAACACCUCCGACACAUCCUAUGGAGCAUUAUGGAGAAGUGUCAGGAGUCUGCGGGUCAUUACCAGGUUGCGGACACCAUCAGCUGUGUCAUCACCGAGGAAGCGCCAUAGAUCUAGCUGAAUUGAUGCUAAAUUUUCCAUCAAAUAUUAUCAUCGUCAUCAUCAGAUGAGGUGACGAAUCUACCACCCAGACUUAGGAGAAUUUCUCUAACUUCUAAUGAACCGUUAAAAAACUUCGAGAAGAAUACCAACAUGAUUAAACUGAUUUCUUGUAACUUCUCAUUUACUUGAAUUUCAGUUCUUAUUCCGCAUGAGCAAGUGGUAGCGGAGCUUGCUGCAGACACUCUUGACCAUGUGUCUUCUCUAGGACUGAAAGGAAGCAGAUUCACGCCAGAAGAGUUCCCACAACUUGCUUGCAUUACUCUAAAGGUUAGCUGCAAAUAUCAGAUGAUAUUUAGUUUUGCGCUCUCCUGUGCUUCAUAAUAACCUCGAAUACCCUACAUUGAGUCAGAAACGUUACAAUAUGUUUGAAAUAAUGUUCUACUUGUUUCCUGCGAAAUUCUUCCGUAGCUUGAAGUCGAGAAGUAUGAGAAGGGAAUCCGCUGGCUACAGGAUUUGCUGUACAAGGCUCAGUUCACGAAAGAUAGGCUCGAGAUUGUGGGAAAAAAGAUGAUGAAUGAUGUGGCGAGGUGAGAAUGCUGGAAAUAAGAAGUAAAACUAUAAACAACUGACGAAGUUUUAUUGUUUUGUUUUGUUUUUUGUUGUUGUUGUUGUUUUGUUUAUAUCCUUUAAGUAGACGGGUUUUUUUUAGAAGGGAAGUUUACUUGGAAUGUGAGCACAAAUGAUGUCCUUCUCCUUUGAUCUAAGAUCAAGAGUCUACCCUGUCCACCCCUGUGCUUUUGACUAACAAUUACCAGGCAUCUAUCCCUCCCAAAGCAUUACUGGGUCUUGGCUAGGCAUUAAUCCCCUUUUAGUAUAUACUCGUAUGUGGCCAUGUGAAAACUUUGCAAGAGCAGGCACUAAACAAUCUAUGGUUUCCUUUCACACCAGCAAGAAGAGAGAAAUGCGACCUGUGACUAAAGCUCUAAUAAGAGACAUUGUGUUUACUAAAGGUAAAAUUAAGAUUAAAUAGUUUAUAUUUAGCUUUAUAAAUCCUGAAGAAGCCUGGCAUAGGAAUAGCAGGAAUUGUGCGAUAAACAUAGCGACAGUGCCUCAUGAGAAACAUUCAUUAAUUUUAUAGCGCUUCACUGCUUUACCAUGAUUCAGAAAUGCCUUAUCUUAGAAUCUCCUUAUCAAUUACUUGUUUUUUUUGCCCCACUUUUCAGAAAGUAAUAUGUAUUCAGCCAACAUGGUGAGGCAGUACAGUUUCCUGAACCAGUUGAUUUCUGACCUUGAAAAUGAUGCAUCCAAGGUUUGUGAGCUUGUCAUGUAUGCUUGUAACAUGGUGAGAAUAACCCUGCUAACAUAAAAUAUAUAUAGCUGUUAAAGAAAGAUGUUUUUUCGUCUUGUCACGAGCGCGGGACAAAGAAACAUUUCUGAGUCCCCAUGAGGAAUCGAGCCUCAGACCUUCGGAUUCCGCGCUCCGAUGCUCAACUACUGAGCCGCAGAGACUCCAUGGUGAGUGAGGUCUAUUACGAAGUUCAUAUGACACGCGUCCUGCAUACUGCUAGGAUCAGCAAUGUCGAUAGCGUAAUGUUUGUAGAUAGAAAUGAGAGAGAUGGUAAAUUUUGAGCUCGGUAAAGAAAUAAAGAAAGAUGUUCUUUCGUCUUGCCACGAGCGCGGACAAGCGUUGUCCUUAUAGCUGUUGUGCGACACAUGAAACUUAUUCCAUUUUGGCAUAGGGCUGAAUGUAGGGCCUUCGUCUCGGUACAAAGGUCAUGAAGGCGGGCGAGGAUGGGGGAUCUAAGAUCCUAUUUCACAACCCAAAAUUUUCUUCCGAAAUUCAAAUUCUCGGUCCAAAGUGUGUCAUAAGGCCUAUUCCCAGGCCUAUAAUUCUCAGAACAGUUUGAAAAUGGUCCAUUCAUAUGGAAAAUUGUCUAAACUUUUUUUUUUCUUUUUUUUCAGGUCAUAGAAAAAGUUGAAAAGCUUCGAUCUCUUUUGACGCAGCCUUCAAACUUACGUGUUCACGUGGCAGCCGAUGUGAACAGAUUACCGGAUAAUCCGCAUGUGCCAUGGAAAACAAACCUGUUACCUGAUACCUCUGCUGUAAUACCAAAGAAGUAAAGCUUUUUUUUUUAUAUAGUCACCGAUGUUAAAUUUUCAUGUUACCUUAUGAAUGUUUAUAGCUUUAGCUGCGUCGAAAUCUUUUUUCGCAACAAUUUUCCUUCUUUUUGUUUUGUUACAGCAUCCCGCCAGUUAAGAGAUCCAGUGCUUACCUUGCCGAUAGUCCUAGCCAUGGUAAAAUAGUCGGUGUUGGAGCAGUGGAGUCGUCGUUUCUUUACCAAACCACUCGGUGUAUUGACAGUUUUGAUCAUCCAGACCUCCCCGCAAUCAUGGUGUUCUUGGAAUGUUUGACCACUUUAGAGGUGAACCAGCGUGUAAUUUACGAGUAUGGAGUCAAGAAAAACUUGAAAAAUUAAAUUUCUUGGGAAAAGUUAUGCAAGAUUGCUCUGGUCUUACUUCACUACGCUUAGUGAUUGGCCAGGGCAGCAUAUAAAACCUUUUACAUCCAUCCGGUGUUAAACAAAAGCCAAAUGCGACCUACUUAUCCACAUUUUCCCGCGCUUCAGGCCAUUGAGCUCUCAUUGGUUCCUUGUGUUGUUUUCCUUGUUCUGAUUGGCUAGUUGUGCUUACUUUAGCUUACACGCUCAAUCGAAAAGCGCUCUGUCUAAUCAAAAACAAUAUGAAGGGUUCAUUCCAAAGACAAACUAUCAAAAGUACAGAUUUUUUGAGAACUAUUCAACCCCAGAAUUUUUCAUGACUUUAAUGAACCAUGGUUACGGAUUUUUUUAAUUUUCGUACAACUUGGACUUGGUUGUUUUCUUUCUGUGGAAAAAGGUUAUAGAGCAUGAUGGAAAGCCUUUUACAAAACAUAAAAUUAAAAAUUAGGUCAAGAAAAUGUCCUAAAUCUAGAGCGGAUCAAGUAUGCUUUUAAUUUUAAUUGGAAAGAAUGUUUAUGCCUUUCCUCUUCCAGGGUCCAAUAUGGCGCCAAGUUCGCGGGCUGGGAUUAUCCUAUGGAUACGGGUAGGUAAUCUCACUGCUCUGAUAAAAAGGUUGGAAGAUUCAAACGAUAAGAACGAGAUUUUGUCAAAACAUUUAAGUGUUACUCCUGUUGGGAACGGGUCAACUUGAGUGGCUUGAAUAAAUAUUAAGCUAUCGUAAGGCGCGAGUGGAAAAAUCCUCAUCGCGCUGCUGCAGAGACAGGGAUCAAAAAUUAUAAUCCCUUUUUUGUUAUCUCAACUCGACCCAUGUUCUUCAUGGAAUUUACUAUUGAGUGUCGAAUGUAAUUCGGGUUUGCUUUAAUUUAGCCAUAGUUUGCUUUGUGAUUGGCUAAGAAAACUCGCGCUUCUUUCUAAACCAAUCGCAUUCAAAACUAAUCCCAAUCGCGACUUGAUCAUUUGCAUUUGUCCAAGUUUCACUGAGUUUGCUUGUGUAUACGUUGAGUUCUCAUUGACUUUGUGUGAUAUUUUCCGUUCCUCUGAUUGGCUGUUGUGAUUGCUUCGGUUUUGGUUUACGGCACUCAAUCGAAAUGUGCUCUAAAACGGACGCUGAUACAGGGUUACAAAAAACAAACAAGUGUUGUAUUGCAACACCAACUAGCCCAAGCUGUUUUCCAGUGCUUGGCACCACAUGCAUUUUUCCUUCCUAAAGGAUCGGUUCAAGCAAGGCAAACAUUUGAUCGAUUAUAGCAUACAGUUUAUGAUUCUGAUUGUUUUACUUUAUUUCAAGCAUUGAUCGGCCAGGCGUGUUCUGAUCCUGGUUUCAAACUGAACCAGUUGUGCAUUCUUCCGCGCUCGAUAAAUUUUUGCUAUAAAAUGAUAUGUGGAUUUCUUCUUUACACUUUUUACCCGAGUAUUUCGUUUGCAAACGCGUCUGUUUUUUUCCCUUUUUGUCUUUGUAGGCUGCGUGUUCUUCCGGAGAAUGGCUUGCUCUUUCUGUCUCUUGUCAAGUCAACUCAUUUGGUGAAGGCCUACAAGAAAACACAGGAAAUUGUGGUAAAUUAUUCUUUUCAGUUGGCACUUACCAUUUGCAAAUCAGAAGAGAAAAUACCUUGCCAUGAAAUCUGUGCACUAAGCCCCUCUAAGAUUCGCGACACAGCCGUCGAUUGUGUUAGUCCGUAGAAUUUCUUGACUUCGAGGUGUAGCCUUUGGUAGCUGUUUUCGCGGAUAGUUGCUCACGUUUCGAGCUAAAAAGAAAAGUACUCAUUUUGUGACAAAAAAGCGAAACAUUUCUUUACUUUCUUAAGUAGUUAUGCCAAAAAGAGGAAAUAUUUUUUAUACAUCUUAGAUUCUAGUAAAAUUGUUAUUGCUUUAACUUUAUAAUUGUCGCCUUUGGCGACAUAGCUUUUUAACGACCUUUGUGAGUCUGAAGAUGUAGCUGAACUCAGUAAUUUUGCUUUAAUUAAUAUUCUCACAUAGCGAUUACAAGAAAAGAAUCAAUGCAUCAAGGAACUUUGUUGCGCAGAAUUCACGUCAGCAGUGGGAAUAAAGUGAUACUUAUUUAGCAUUUUGUGUUUGUUUUUAGGAUGGUUAUUUGUCUGGUAAAAUGGCGUUUGAUGCCGGUGAACUUGAAUCUGCCAUCAGUAGUGUCAUCUUUGAGAUAGUUGAACGUGAAAAAAGCGUGUCAUCCGCAGCCUCUCAGGUAAGAUGCACAAGUGUUGUUAGUAAUGCGACCGUUGUUUUCUUGUGUCAUACUAAAUAUAGUUGUUUGACUAAGAAAGGAGGCAAAAAUCAAAGAUGAAAGCAACUGUGCUGUAGUUUAUGCUGAACGCUUUCUAAUCGUACAAAGUCUCUUGUUUUUGUUGGAAAACACUGUAAAAUAAAUAAAAAAGAAAUAAAUUAGAAGUUUCUGUUGGUCAUUUUGGUUAUGGUGAUUGGAAUGUUACUGAACUUUGUGCACGGUCAGUGGGUCCAAAAAAGUUUAAAAAAACAUGCAACAAAUAGAUCUACCUGGGUUCCGGAACCCUUCAUCUCUUUAAACUCUGAUGUCCGUUUUCUUAACUUCAAAGCUUCCCUUUUCCAUGACAUCCUAUCUUUUUUUCCCCUUGUAUUAUAGUCAUACUUUCCUUGGUGUGUAACACUGUUUUCGUUAGGGGCCAAUCAUUUUUUAUUUUCACCUUUGAUUCGGACAGAAAAGGUCUUCGUUAUUUUUAUCCAGUCAUUUUGAAGCGAAACAAUAAGUUUUAGUGAUUGGGUGGGUGUGUUUGAAAUAGUAACAGUUUCUAGACGUCUGAGAAGAAAGUGUGCUACGUGCAAAGUGUAACAGGAGGAGGGUAACCAAAUUAACCCUUUACACCCAAGGAGUGAUAAGCUUCUAAUUUGUCCUUGCUGUAUCACCCCUGAAUCGCACAUGAGGGUCACGAGAAUAAAGAAAAUGAUCACCAACAAAGGAAGUUCUUAAUGUUAAACAAAUUCUCCUUGAAGGCACCAUACGAAAUGUGGAUCGAUAUGAGUAUCUGGGCAACUGCCCACCUACCCCUCCCCUAACCCAACAACAGUCAAUUGAUAACAAGUUAGGGUUAAUGUUGGGUUAGGGGAGGAGUAGGUGGGCAUUUGUCCAGAUACUGAUAGAAAACAGUAUGGAGAAUAUGCAUACUGGUGUUAGGGUGUAAAGGGUUUAUAGCGUUGUGAUCUUUUCCUCUUAGAGUUUGAUGUCCCAGUUUAGAGGUGUUGGUCCUGACUACAACAGGUUUGUCUUUAACAUCUAAGUUUGUGGUUUUAUGAAAGUGUAACAGGCGGAAUACAAAAGAUGAAAUCGUUUCCCUCCAAGUUUGCUUCGAUGGUUUUAAGUUCUUCACCUUUGUUGAAAAAAAAGUCCACUUUCCAACUCAGUUUUUUGCAACGUCCUUUUGGCUGAAAUUCUUAUUCUAGCAUUUAAAGCCCCCUACCUUAACCCUUUGACCCUUUAGAUUGACCAGCAUCUAAUUUCUCCCUACAAUAUAACCCCUGAACCACACGUUAAGGUCACGAGAAUAAACGAAAUGAUCACCAACUUGAGGAGCUUUUGAUUGUUACUCAAGUUCUCCUUGUCAGCACCUUACGAAAUGUAUAAAGAACAGUGUGGAGAAUGUGCAUACUGAUGUUAAUUUAUGAAGGGUUAAUGCAAAGUCAAACCCUAAUAUCAAUUACCCAUUCGUGGUUGGUUUUUACUUUUCUGCAGAAACCUGUUGAAAAGGAUACCUCAAGUAUCUCUAGAAGACCUGAUGAGAGUAGGACAUAAGUAUAUUGCGCCAUUAUUUGACCCGGCCCAGUCUUCUUGUGCCAUCUGUUGUCAUCCAUCCAAAGUGGAAGAAAUAAAAGAAGAAUUUAACAGGUGGGUGUGAAAAGAAACGACACUACCACUGAUUCUUACAAUAAAACGCUACUGUUGUGUGCAUCACAACGUGAUGUUAUACCAAACUUUUGUCAAAACACCUUUGCAAAAAAGCUUGCACAGCUUUAGGAGCUCUUCAGUCAGACAAGCUAUGACUGAAAUCUUUUCAAUCUCGGGAGAUGAUUUGCAUGGCCAUGUUCAAGUUUGAAAUUCCUUCACCACGUUCAUUGUGUUUCGUUAUUGUCCUAGACGCUUCACUGACACAUGAAUUCCCUCUGCGCAGGCGUUCAAAGUAGUACUGGUGAACUGUAAGGGAAAUCUAACGAAAUAUUCGAGAUGGGAAGGGAGGUUAGGAGGUAACCUAGAGGCGGAGCUAUAUUGUCAUUUUUAUCAUGGUAUGGAAACUAAUCAAGCGAUGUGGACAGCCUGAACUUUGAACCUUCGAUAAGUCAAAUGUUGUCAAAGUUCACUCGCUUUCAUUACACAGGAUUAUUGAUAGACUAAGGUUUUUUGUUGUUGUUGUUGUUUCAGUAUCAGCAAGCCCCUUAGUGCGGUAAAAUCACUGGAAGAAGAAUUCACAUGGACAACAUGAUCGAUUUUUCAGUGAACUCAACACCAUGCAGCCAUGUUUAGCUCUCACGAAUCACAAAUCACAGAUCACAGAUCACAGAUCACAGAUCACAGAUCACAGAUCACAGAUCACAGAACACAGAUCGCAUUUGGCGUAGUGUUGGUUGCCUGCUGGAAAACAGUAACUGCCUAUUUCGCCAUCCGCAAUGUUCACUGUGAUUUGUAAAACUAACAGGCUCCUAAUGACCGAAGUUGGGAGCAAACUUCUGAAAAAUCUAUUCGCGCGGAAAAGGUUCGCGUACUGAUGAACUGUGAAACUCGUUUUUGUCCCAGAUGCCCUAAGUCAAUUAUUGGCCUGGCAUCCAAUCAAACUGAAAUUAGCAUUCUCAAGGAUCUGCAGUAGCUGUGAGAUGCUGGGCAUUUAUAUUAACCCAUAAAGUAACAAUCGAGAACACUCCGCAAAUCAUGAUUAAUCGAGAGGAAAUUAAACCCGACAGCCUUGUCAAACUUUAUAAUUUUAAGCACUGAAAAAUGUCAUAGGACACUUAAUAAAUAGGUCAC